AUGAACUAUGCCAUCGUUCCAGAUAAGAUCCCAGUUGAUGACUUUGUUGUAGCCACAGAACAAGCCUGCAAGAAACUAAACUUUGCGGAAGCUGACCAACUGAGAUCACAGGUAAUAGGGGUUUUAAAAUCAACAAAAUUACCUCAGAGAAACAUGACUAAAGAAGAACGGGUCGCACUCCAAAAAUUAGGAAGAGACAAAUCCAUCACAAUAUUACCAGCUGACAAAGGAAAGGCAACAGUCGUCAUGGACACCGACGAUUAUGAGGCGAAGGUCAUGACAAUGCUGCAUGAUAACAAGACAUAUGAACAGGUGCAGACCAACCCUACCAACAAAUUUAAAAGACGCCUCAUUUCUAUACUGACUAAAUUAAAACAAGAGAGCAAAAUCACCGAAAGCCAGUAUAGAUAUCUGUAUCCCACAGCUGAAAACACCCCGAGAAUAUACUGCACACCCAAGAUCCACAAGCAGGGGAACCCACUGAGGCCUAUUGUGGACUACACUGGAUCCACUGGUUACAACGUUUCCAGGUCACUAGCAGACAUUCUUGGACCGCUAGUGGGGAAAUCGGAACAUCAUGUCAGGAAUUCUAAACAUCUAGCAGAAGCUAUGUCCACCAUCAUGAUCCAAGAGGAUGAACAAUUUAUUUCACAUGAUGUUGUUUCUCUGUUUACCAAUACUCCCAUUGAUGAUGCACUGAAAAUCAUUCAAAAACGCUUAGAGUCAGACAGAUCCUGGCGUAAAAACACAAACCUCCAGAUCAAGGACAUCAUGGAUCUGCUAGAAUUUGUACUAACCACAACAUAUUUCACAUUCCGAGGUAACAUCUACCAGCAACGCUUUGGAACUGCUAUGGGGAGUCCAGUGUCGCCUAUUGUCGCCAAUCUGUUCAUGGAACUGUCGCCAAUCUGUUCAUGGAACAUCUAG